GUGUCCCGCUUGUUGUGUUGUGGUUGUGAGUUGUCGCGGUGGCUGCGUUUUGCUGUCCCUAGUUUCCUUUUCGUCCUGGCUCAGAUGGCGAGCUCCGCGGGUCCUCGUCGGUCCGGUCCGGGUCUCUGGUCCUCGGUGCUGCUCCUGAUGCUUCUGUCGGUGCUGAACGGGCCGGUGUGUGCUUUAUCCGAGCAAGGGAAAUGGAUCCUGAACGUCGACAGUGAAACCCUGAAGAAGCGGACCCUCUUCACCUUCGCUAAAACUUUGUUCAACAACAGCAACGUCCACCUGAAACUGGUGUCAGAGACCUGUAACUCCUCGUCUCCGGUCCUCCUCGAUGUCUCCUGGUACUUCAGGAACUCUCACUGCUACAACGAAGUCAUCAGUCUGGGCUCACAGAGCGCUGACUCUUACUUCAAGUCUGACAAGGUGAAUCAAAGAGGAGGAAGUGGAUACUACAUGUUUCACCAGUAUCCUCCAAUCAGCUGCCAGCAACACAUGAAACCCAACACGUUCGGUCUGGGUGUGUUGCCGGUGAAAACCCGUCUGAAGGAUCUGCCGCAGGAACAGCCAAUCACAGAGAAGCCUCAUGGUGACAGGAGGAGGAGGGACGUGGAGGUACCUCAACCAAAGCCGGCUGCAGCCAAGAAAGAAGAAGCUUCGAACUCUACAGCGCCUGCCAAAGAGGUCGCCGCGGCGCCGCCUCACCUGGACCUGGUGGCUGAGAGCUGGGAGGACGGGCCGUACAUGUUCAUCCUGAGAGUCACAGAGAUCAGACCAAAGAGUCGCGCCCCUGACCACGCUAGCUCUGCUAACGGUGCUAACCCCCCUGCACCCUGGAGUGUCCAGAUUCAGAUCAGCAUGAAGGGUCCUCACGACUAUAUAUCAGCUACUGAAUGGCCUCUGAUGGUGUUCUACAUGGUGAUGUGUAUCGUGUACGUGCUGCUCGCCGUGCUCUGGUUGGUCCUGUCGGCGUGCUACUGGAGGGAUCUGCUCAGGAUCCAGUUCUGGAUCGGAGGCGUCAUCUUCCUCGGCAUGUUGGAGAAGGCCGUUUACUACGCCGAGUUUCAGAGCAUCAGAUACGACGGGCUGUCGGUUCACGGCGCCGUGGUGUUCGCCGAGGUGCUCUCCGCCGUGAAGAGGACGCUGGCCAGAGUGUUGGUGAUCAUCGCCAGCCUGGGAUACGGCAUCGUCAAGCCGAGGCUCGGCGCCUUGCUGCAUCGAGUCGUCGGAGUCGGUCUGCUCUACCUGAUCUUCUCCAUCGUCGAGGGAAUUCUACGAGUCAACGACGACGGAGGUGAAGCCUACACCGUUAGAUUUACUAAGAUUGUACUCGCCUUCAUUGACUCCUGUAUUUUCUGGUGGAUCUUUGUGAGUCUGGUUCAGACGAUGAAGCUGCUGCGUCUGAGGAGGAACGUGGUGAAGCUCUCGCUCUACAGACACUUCACCAACACGCUCAUCUUCGCCGUCAUAGCGUCGGUCAUCUUCAUCAUCUGGACCACCAAGACCUUCAGGAUGUCAAAGUGUCAGUCUGACUGGAGGGAGCUGUGGAUAGACGACGCCUUCUGGCGCUUCCUGUUCUCCAUCGUCCUAUUGGUCAUCAUGUUCCUAUGGCGACCGUCAGCCAAUAACCAGAGGUAUGCUUUCAGUCCUCUGCUGGAUGAGGAGAGCGAGGAGGAGGAGAAGGAGCCGAUGAUGAACGAGGCCUUCGAGGGGAUGAAAAUGAGAGGAAUGAAGAACGAGACCAACGGGUCGGCCAAAGCCAACAAAGUGGAUGAAGAUCUGAAAUGGGUUGAAGAGAACAUCCCGUCGUCUAUGGCCGACGUAGCCUUGCCCCCCCUGCUGGACUCGGAUGAGGAAACCAUGACGACCAAGUUUGAGAUGUCCAAGAUGGAGUGAAGGAGGAGAGGAGGAGUGGAGGAAACAGGAAGCAGGAGAUGAGGAGUGAAGGAAACAGGAGAGAUUGAAGAACAGAGAUAUUUUAACAGAUUAAAGUGAAGAGUUGGAGAGAAGAGGAGGAGAGAAGAGGAGGAGAGGAGAGGAGGAGAGAAGAGGAGGAGAGGAGAGGAGCGAUGGAGGAGCGAUGGAGGAGAGAGGGAGUCCAGGUGGAGGUGUGUGAUGACAUCACUGACUUUAUGAGCUUUAUGACUGUUCACACACUGGGAGUGAAAUCGAUCGCCUGUCUGUAUUUAUAUUUCUAUACACACAGAAUAUUUUGACAGACUCGAUGUUCUCGGCCUCGGAGCGGCUCCUUUUUGCCUUUUCUUUGUUUACAUGUUGACGUGUGAUGUUUUCAGGUUUUUUCUCAUCAUCUGACUCGUUUGUGUUUUCACUGUCGCCAUGGCAACAGCAGCAGCAGCACUCGCUCACUUGUUGUCCCGGCUGCUCGUGGUUCUUUUACUUCCUGCUGUUGACCUUUGAAACUUUAACAUCCAAAGUUUGAGACGAUCGGUGAGGAGGAAGAUUUAUUUUGUGAGCACGUAUUUUUUUUAAAAUUGUUUUGUUUCCGUCUUAAAAUGUUUCAGAAAGUUUCCGCAUCAUGUGGACGGACUGGAUGAACCUGCUGAGUUAGCACUUAAAACAUGUUGAUGCACUUGAUGAAAAACUCCAUUUAAAUGUCCCUGUGGAUGUUGAUGUGCUGUCACACAAAGCUGAGGGGGCGGGGCAUCAUUUACUCCAGUGGUGCUCAGCUGGCCUAGCCUCAGGACCCAGAGACCCAAAUUUCAGAUAUUUUUCCACCAGUUAGAUUUAUUUUUUAUUUUUUUUUAAAGUGGAGAUUUGGAUAAACGAUAAGACAAAAAUAAAGAAUAAAACAAACAAGUUUUAAAAAGCUCUUUGUACCCUUUUUGAAAAACGACCCACUUUGGGGUCCCGACCCACCAGUUGAGCACCACUGAUGUAGUCCAUCUCGGUGUGAGCAAAUCUGUUCAGAUUGAGUUUGACAGAAUUCAUCAACAGUUGGGUCAGAGCUGUUUUUUUUGGAUUCCUUCAGAAGUCUUCAGUAAGAAUCUAUAUUUGAAUAAAUGAUCCAGCAUCUACUGUGUGUGCAGAAACAAAACGUCUGACGUGUCCUGAAGGUCGAGGUCUGCAGGUGAAGGUCAAUAAACACAUUUUUACAAGA